AUGGGCCUCGCGGGUCGUCGGCGCCGCCCGCGCCUGCUUGGAACUGGUAACUUGGAACCGCAAACUAUGCCCCGCGCCUUCCCACGCCGCGGAUUACCGCGAGCCCCAGAGCCCGCCCUGCCCAGCAGCCGCAGGGCAAUUGAAGAUCAGCUAGAGAUAUAUGGAUACAAGAGAGAUGCUGAUGUCUUUGAGCUGUACCUCUCUCAAAAGGAACUGACAGAGGUCAUUGAUCUUUCAAGGUUUAGAAAACUAAAAUACUUAUGGCUCCAUCAUAACAAGCUCCAAGGAAUAGCAUUUUUAACCAGAAACUAUUGUCUGACUGAAUUGUAUCUAAACAACAAUGCAAUAUUUGAGAUAGAAGGGCUGCACUGCUUGCCAUCCCUGAAUGUCCUCCUGCUGCACCAUAAUGAGCUCACGAGUAUCGAUGCCACCGUGAAGGAGCUGAAGGGAAUGCUGGACCUGAAGACCCUAAGUCUAUACCAAAACCCUUUGUGCCAGUAUAACUUGUACCGUUUGUAUAUAAUCUACCACCUUCCGGGAGUACAGCUACUUGACAGAAAUCGAGUUACAGAAAAAGAAAGAAGAUCAAUGAUUACCAUUUUUAACCACAGAAAGGCUCAUAUCAUUCAGUCAAUUGCAUUCGGAGGAAAAGUAGAUGCUUCGUGGAAUUCUAAAUUACCAUUAAAGCAGAAACCCGCCCAGAGGCUUCCUCCAGAUUUUGCAUUUGCAGAUAAUGUAGACAAAACUGUAUUCGAUGACCCUGAGGAUGCUGUUUUUGUGAGGUCCUUGAAGAGAUCAGUGAUGACCAUGACCUCCAUGAACUGGGACACAGUUCCCACUCGAGAGGAGAAAUACCUUCAGGACAAAGGCACAGAAACUGCUGAAAUGCUCACAGUUACACUGAGAUAAGCCCCUGGCAUCUCCACAA